AUGGCCGCGAUGAGAUCUAUGGUCGCCUUCGCCUUCCUUUGUGUUGUCUUGGCUGCAUUGAUCAUGGUGGCUGAGUCACAUGCCGGUCAUGAUCACCACAAAGGUCCAGCGAUGGCUCCCUCGCCACAUGGCGGUCAUGAUCACCACGACGGGCACAAGACUCCUGCAUCGUCACCAGCACCGCCUCCAAGCGCUGCUUCUUUCGCCGCUUGUCCUCAGCUGAUCGCCACCGCCUUGGUCGCUGCCUUGGCUUACGUCUUCUGA